GUCUGAGAUAUCUCCUUGCAGGACCAAAUCUUCCUCGAUUGCGCCGGAUCCUCCGAUCAUCGGUGGUUAAUCCGUUGGGAACGAGAUUCUCAGCUGACAAGCGCAAUUGCAGUAGGAUUACUGCGACGCAUCCCACCGUGCUCCGAACUACCCGGCACAUGUCAGAAUAUAGCAAACGCUGCUUCUCCUGAGUUCGCUCGCAUUCUCCUCGAUCGUCUGCUUCCGUUGUCGAAAGAUCCUACAAGCAAUUGUCGUUCCAGUCCUCCGUCGUUGACCUCACCAAUACCCUCCUUCCGAACCAUAGAGUCCGAUCGCAUUGAUAGACGGUUGCAGCCUUCGCUCAAGAUGACCUCCGCUCCGACGCCAGAAAUGACCCCCGCCGAGGCCGAGUCGGUCUACUUCAACAACUACCCCCCACCCAAGUCCCUUCCCAAGCAUGAAGCCCUCGUGCGGGCUUUUGUCGACUACCAUGUCCAAGCGAACCGGCGCCUGGUUCUGGUGACAUCAGGAGGCACCACAGUUCCUCUGGAAAACCAGACCGUUCGCUUCAUUGACAACUUCAGCGCGGGCACGCGGGGUGCCGUGUCGGCAGAAUACUUUCUUCAGGAGGGGUACGCGGUGAUUUUCCUGCAUCGGCAGUUUAGUCUGCUGCCGUAUUCGCGGCACUACAGUCACUCGACCAAUUGCUUCUUGGAUUUCAUGGACGAGGAGGAAACCGGGCCGACGGCAGAUGGAUCGGAUCACCGGCCGAUCGUGGUGCGCAGUGAGUACCAGGAUCAGAUGCGGGAUGUGUUGCGAAAGUACCGGUAUGCGAAGCGCAACAACCUCCUGUUGCUCCUUCCGUUUACCACCAUCUCCGAGUAUCUCUUUGAAUUGCGGUCGCUGGCCCAGCUGAUGAAGCCCCUGGGGCCCAAUGCGCUGUUCUAUUUGGCGGCGGCCGUCAGCGAUUUCUUCAUCCCCAACGAUCGGAUGUCGGAGCACAAGAUUCAGUCAUCAGAGCUGCCAGAGCAUUUGACGCGGGACCAAGCGACCGACACGUCGGACAUCUACACGGGCGGGAUUGAGCCGCAACCGGCGUCGCGUAGUAAGAAACUGAUCAUUGAUCUGGACCCGGUGCCCAAAUUUCUGCAUCGAUUAGUCAACGGGUGGGCGCCGGAUGGCAGUAUGAUUGUGUCGUUUAAACUUGAAACGGACCCCAACCUGCUAGUGUACAAGGCGCAGACGGCCCUGCAGCGGUACGCGCACCACCUGGUGAUUGGGAACCUGCUGACCACGCGCAAAUGGGAGGUGGUGUUUGUGACUCCGGACCCCCCGCACGAGCGUUGGAUCCGGGUGCCAAAGUCGCGGCGCAGCAAGAGCAUUUCGGGCAGUGAGGCGCAGGUUGGCCUGGCGGAGGCCAAGCGGGCGGGCGAGUCCGCCCAGGAACCCAGUGGGGGCGAACCCAAGGACGAGAGCCUCGCGGCGGAGGGGGUGGAGAUUGAGAGUCUGAUCAUCCCGGAAUUGGUCCAGUUGCAUUCGCGCAAGAUUGCGAAACACCAGGCCGAGUCGUAGACGUGGUUGGCGGACCAAAAGUGAGACUAGUGCUGGGUUUCAGGCGGUUCUGAUGACGAAUGCAAUGCUGAGUUUUCAGAUAGAUUAAAGGGUCUAGUACUAUGCAGUAUACAAUGUUACAGACAGUAUACACGUACAGGUGGAUUAAUUGUGCCUUGA